UACCACGCCCUGGGGGUGCUCUACCACCUGAGGAGGAACGACCGGCUCGCCGUGUCCAAGAUGCUCAACAAAUUCACCAAGUCCGGGCUCAAGUCCCAGUUUGCCUAUUGCAUGCUCAUCAGGAUCGCCAGCAAGCUCCUCAGGGAGUCUGAGGAGGGCCACGAGAGUCCCCUGUUCGACUUCAUCGAGAGCUGCCUGAGGAACAAGCACGAGAUGGUGAUUUACGAAGCCGCCUCUGCCAUCAUCCACCUGCCCAACUGCACUGCCCGGGAGCUGGCACCCGCCGUGUCAG